AUGAGUUAUUUGUUUCAAAGUGAAAAGUUACAUCAACCAACAAUUAUGCUGGACAGUAAAAACCACAACAUCCGUCUGGAAAUUAUAACAGAUAAGCAUUAUAGUAAUGUAAUUGAUCACCUACGGCAAACUUUCUUCGCUGAUGAACCUUUAAAUAAAGCUGUGAAGUUAACCCGUCCAGGCCAAGGCCACUUCCUACUCGAACAACAUAGUUUAUCUACACUGAAAGAUAAUAUUAGUAUUAUGGCGAUUUCGCAAGACGGAAAAAUUGCCGGAGUUGCAUUGAAUGGCGUUCUUAGCGGGUAUAAUGAUAUAAAACAUUCCAUAGAGAAGUUAAACAAUGUACAAGAUGAAAAUUUCAAAAAAAUAUUUAAGCUUCUGUACGAGCAGAACUUACGAAUCAACCUUUUUAAUAAAUUUAAUGUUGACAGAAUAUUUGAAAUAAGGAUUUUAUCAGUGGAUUCAAAGUUUCGAGGUCAAGGAUUAGCGAAAAAAUUAAUUAUGAAAAGCGAAGCACUAGCUAUUGAAAAUGGCUUCCAGCUACUAAAGACAGACGCCACCGGAAUUAUAUCACAAAAAUUAAUGGGAGCACAAGGAUUCGAAACAGUGUGUGAGAUUGUAUAUGAACACUAUCUUGACGAGAAUGGAGACCAAAUAUUUGUUGUAGAAGCGCCGCAUAAUAAAUUGAAAAUAAUGUGCAAGAGUAUCAACUAA